AUGUCCGCCAUGGCGGAAUCGGGUUCAGGUAGCGCAAAAAAGUCCCUUUCCACUUUUGCUGCUCAGGCCAAGCUGAAGAUUCCGAAAUAUGACCCGGUGGACGUCGAACUCAGACCUAAAACCAUCAAAGAUCCGGCGUCAAUCAACUUCAAGGAUCGCUCCACACUCCUCACCAUUCCGCCAAAAGAUGAGGGAGCGUCUUUCGCCGUCGGAGACCUCAUUUGGGCCAAGAUGACCGGCUAUCCGUGGUGGCCUUGUAUCGUGUCUAUCGAUCCUGUGACUGGGACCUACUUCAAAGUAACCGGAAGCAGUUACAAGGCUGAUCGUGUCUAUCAUGUCCAGUACUUUGGUCCUGAUCCCUCGCGAGGAUGGACUAGCAUUGGCAUGGUCAUGCCUUUUGAAGGGUUUGACAAGUUUAGCGAAAAAAUCAGCAAUGACAUUGACAAUGCUGCAAACAAGCCAGCUGCUCAGAAAGUGCUUGAGAAAUGCACUGUCAAGCCGGGCAUAAAGAAAAAGUGGAAUGAGUCCGUUGCAGAGGCUCAAGAGGCUAUGAAGCUUAAUCGCCAAGAGCGGGUUCAAACGCUGACUUUCAACUACACUGGCCCCGGAAGCGAUAUAAAGCCGAAAAAGGUACCCACGACUCCAAAAGCAUCUGCUGUCAACAACAACUCUGCUACACCAAAGGCCUCAACUAGCGGAAAAAAGCGGAGCUCGAGCGGAAAAGGCAGAGGCAGCAAACGUGAAGCCACCAGUGAUGAUGUAUACGAGUUUCCUGAAGACUCUGACGGACCUGAUGGUGAGGCAAUACCAGGACCGCUGUCCUUUCGCAGCCGUCCAGCUCAGGGAGACUUUCAGGUGUAUCUUCGAAAGCACUUUGACGAGGCCCAAAAGAAGAACCCAGACCGUAGUAAGUUGGAGAUUAACGAGUACCUCAAGGAAGAGUGGGAUAAGCUACCUGAGAAAGAUCGACAAACUUACACUGAGCGAAAGGCCAUUCAGCUUGAUGACGCUGCAAUGUUUGUGGCUAAACGAUCAAACUUUGAUGAUGACUACUCUAAUGAUUCUGACUACGACUAUGAUGGCAGUGAUGAAGGCAAGGAGAGUCCUGGAGACGACGUUUCAUCUAAUCUCAUCAUUUCACGCGCUUCAACUUCAAAAGGCAAUGCUAAAACUAAACGUUCCACUUCACUGAAGUCAGAGAAGCUCUUUGACAAAAUCAAAAAUGCUGCCGGCACUAACGGCAUCGAUUCUGGCGACCAGGGUGGCAGUAGUAGGAAGCGCAACAGAUCUGCGUCCAACAUUGCCUCGACUCCGACGACUUCAAAAAAGUUGGUUACAUCUAAAUCAUCUGGAAAAGCUGCUUCAAAGUCUGUCACUCCAAAAACAAAUUCACAUGAGGCCGACGCAAAUGACAAGGAAGAUUUGAAGAGCCCAAUGAAGUCUCCCGGGGUAAAGAGGAAGUUGUGCUUUCCCGAGGAAAGCUAUGGGGAGGAUACCACCAGUGAUGAUGGCGAUCAAAUUGAAGCCAAGAUAAAAGUCAAACAACUUGACGAUCGAUUUUGCUACAAGUGCUCUGACGAUGAGACUCCAGAAGUUGGACUGCUCACAUGCCUGGGCCCUUGCCAGCGUCUGUUCCACCGAGGCUGCGCUGAAAACGCAACUGAUUUGGAGGAUGGAGUUAGCACUUUUAAAUGUGAAGAGUGCACCAACGGAAAAUACAAGUGUUUUGCUUGUCAAAGUCCCGAUGAUUUAGACACACUUAAAUGUGAGGACAGCAAGUGCGCUCGUUAUUAUNCAACUUUUGCAGGAAAAUACAAGUGUUUUGCUUGUCAAAGUCCCGAUGAUUUAGACACACUUAAAUGUGAGGACAGCAAGUGCGCUCGUUAUUAUCACCUCAAGUGCAUUGAACACAGCUACCCAAUUCGGGUGAAUGAGAACGCCCAUACUUUCACCUGUCCACUUCACACUUGCCUUACUUGCUACCAUCAGACCCUUGAAGACAACGAGUAUCGAGCUAAUAAGAAAAAGUUGCUUCGUUGCAUUUGGUGCCCCACGGCGUUUCAUCAGGAAAUAUUCUGCAUCUCUGCCGGAACUAUUAGAGUUUCGAGGAACUUUAUCAUCUGUCCGAAACACAAUGACGUUCAAGGUUCUUCCAAGUCUCGUGAUAAGCACAUCAACGUCAAUUACUGCUUUUCGUGCCUUUCAGGCGGUAAUCUGGUUUGUUGUGAAUCUUGCCCUUCUGCCUUCCACGUGGAGUGUCUAGAGUACACGUUUGAUGAAAAUAAGAGUUUCUACUGCAGCGCCUGUCUUCAGCACAAGCAGCUGUACUAUGGAGACAUUGUCUGGGUCAAACUGGGCAGUUAUCGUUGGUGGCCUGGUCGUAUUUGCCACCCGGACAUUGUUCCACAGAAUGUUAUGAACUUGAACCACAACUCUGGCGAUUUUCCCGUUUACUUUUUCGGCACUCACGAUUACUUCUGGACGAACAAAGGCCGAGUUUACCUGUACUUGACUGGCGAUCAUCAGGCGGCCAAGAACAGCGGCAAGAGCAGCUCUAACAAGCUGAAAAGUUCGUUUAACAAAGCUCUUGAGGAAGCUGAAGAGGCGCACCACUCUUGGAUUAAGAAGCGAAAGGACAGUUCAUUGGCGACGAUUGCCACCAAGCCACCUCACUAUCAGCUAAUCCAAGCAAAUCGAUACACUUGCAAAGUCAAUGGAAAUGGCAAUGACCCUAGCGAUCAUGUCUGUGAAUGUAAGGCGGAUUCGCCGUGCGAAGACGACGACUGCCUCAAUCGCGUUAUCUGCUAUGAAUGUAACAGUGAAUCCUGCCCAGUCAAGGCAGUUUGCAAGAACAUGCGUUUCACCAAAAUGGAGUACGCCCAGGUCAAGCCCUUUAAGACUAAGAAUGCUGGCUGGGGUCUAAUGGCAAUGGAAGAUAUUAAAGAAGGACAGUUUGUCAUCGAGUACGUUGGCGAAGUCAUUGACAAAAAGGAGUGUGACCAAAGACUUAAGAAAAAUGCUACCGACAACAUUUCCAACUUUUAUUUUCUAAACCUUGACAAAGAUCUGGUUAUUGACGCAGGCCCAAAGGGCAAUCUAGCUCGCUUCAUGAACCAUUCGUGCGAACCGAACUGUGUCACACAGAAGUGGACCGUCAACAAAGCUCCUCGUGUUGGGCUCUUUGCGCUUAAAGACAUUCCUGCUGGAUCCGAGCUCACUUUUAAUUACAAUCUGGACUGUCGAGGAAACGAGCGCACCAAAUGCAAGUGUGAAUCGACUCUAUGCUCUGGCUUUAUCGGCGACCGACCCCGAAGUCCAGAGGAAGCGCAGAAUAAUAACCAGAAAGGCGGCAGGAGCAGCCUGGUGAAUGGCAAGUCAAAGAAGCGCCGCCGAAGCAGCUCGCGAAAAUCUUCAUCUGAACCGAACAGCGAAUAG